UCAGUGUGGUGUCCAUCUGUAUAGCAGCAAGUUGUUCUACUGGUCACACACAGGUCAGUUUUCUGUUACCAUGGCAGCCAACAUCUUAGUCUUGGUGAUGUGCCUGUUUGGGGUGGCUAUUGCUGGCCCAAUCCGAAGGAGGCAGAGUGAGUCUGUGGAUGAGUUGUUCAUCCCGGGUGAGCUGCCAGACACCACCAGCUUCUGGAUCAUCAAUGAGAAGGGAAAGUUUGUGAAGAACCCUUUCUUCAUCCCACCUCCGCCUCUACAUGUCACACGUGGGGAAGAACAUCUGCUGAUCCCUGGAGCUGGAGCCGAGACGUUACCCGACACGCUGCCAGGACUAUUUGACCCCUAUCCGUAUGAUCCGUAUGCAGGUUUAGACCCUGCAGCAGGCCUGGGACUAGAACCCAUACCCUUUGCCUUAGACGUACCGGCUCCGGUAAAGCCUCGAGCGAGGGCGUGGAUACAGUAUUCACCGGCGGCGACACCUCCUCCAAAGAAGCCUCAACAGUCUGUUCUUGAAUUACCUGCUCCGGAGCAACCAGAAUCAACUGUGCUGGAACAGACUGCUCCAGAGGAAUCCAAACUACCUGCUCCAGAAGAACUAGGACCACCUGCAGUGGAACUACCAGUUCUGGAGGAACCAGAAACAAUAGAACCAGAACUGCCUGCCCCAAAGGAACCUGAUGUAGAUGCACAGGAAGAGCCCAAACAACCUGAAUCAGAAGUACCUGCUCUGGAGGAGCCAGAAAAACCUGAACAAGAAUCACCUGUUCCGGAGGAAACAGAAGUGCCUGCUCUGGAGGAAACAGAAGUGCCUGCUCUGGAGGAACCAGAAGUGCCUGCUCCGGAGGAAUCAGAAGCACCUGCUCAGGAGGAGCUGGAGGCAUCUGCUCCACAAGAACUAGAAGUGCCUGCUGUGGAGGAACCAGCCGUGUCUGCUCCAGAGGAAACAGAAGGGCCUGCUCCAGAGGAAACGGGAGCACUGGAGGAACCGGAAGUGUUUGCUCCAGAGGACACUGAAGAACUUGCUCCGGAGGAACCAGAAGCAACUCUUCCAGAGGAACCAGAAGAGCCUGCUCCGGAAGAACCAGAAGAAUCUGCAUUGGAAGAACCAGAAGAGCCUACUCCGGAGGAAUUGGAAGAAUCUGCUCCGGAGGAACCAGAAGAAUCUGCUCCGGAGAAAACAGAAGAGCCUGCUGCAGAGGAACCAGAAGUGUCUCUUCCGGAGGAAACAGAAGCACCUGCUCCGGAGGAAACAGAAGCACCUGCUCCUGAGGAACCAGUAGUGUCUGCUCCAGAGGAACAGGAAGUGUCUUCUCCGGAGGAACCUGAAGCACCUGCCCCAGAGGAAACAGAAGCACUUUCUCCGGAGGAACCAGAAGCCCCUGUGCUGGAGGAACCAGAAGAGCCUGCUCCAGAGGAAAUAGAAGUGACUGCUCCAGAGGAACCAGAAGAAUCUGCUCCGGAGGAACCUGCUGAAGAAGAAGCACCAGAAGAGUCGUCUGUAGAGGAAACAGUGACGGUGGAAGAACCUGAAGAAGAGACAGUUCCACAAGAGUCUCCAGAAAAGAAAGAACAGAAGAAGGAAGAAAGUACCAAUGAAACUAUUGAGAAAGAUUAA